AUGGAGCGGUUACGGUGGCAGGUGGCGGCCGUGGCAACCUUGGGUCUCGCGCUGGCGCUGGAGGCGCUGCCCUCCGUGCUGCACUGGCUGCGGGCCGGGCGCUGGCAACAGCGGCGGAGGCCGCCGCGGCGCGAGGUGCUCUUCUUCCCGUCGCAGGUGACCUGCACCGAGGCCCUGCUGCAGGCCCCGGGUGAGGGGCCGUCGGGGCCCCCAGCGGGCUGCCCGUGCAGCCUCCCCCACGGCGAGAGCUCGCUCAGCCGGCUGCUGCGCGCCCUGUUGGCCGCCCGCGCCAGCCUCGAGCUCUGCCUCUUUGCCUUCUCCAGCCCGCAGUUGGGCCGUGCGGUGCAGCUCCUGCACCAGCGCGGGGUGCGCAUCCGGGUCAUCACCGACUGCGACUACAUGGCUCUCAACGGCUCGCAGAUCGGCCUGCUCCGAAAGGCAGGCAUCCAGGUGCGGCACGACCAGGACCUCGGCUACAUGCACCACAAGUUUGCCAUCGUGGACAAGAAGGUGCUGAUCACCGGCUCCCUCAACUGGACCACGCAAGCCAUUCAGAACAACAGGGAAAACGUUUUGAUUAUGGAGGAUGAGGAGUACGUGAGGCUUUUUCUGGAAGAAUUUGAGCGUAUUUGGGAAGAGUUCAAUCCCACGAAGUACACCUAUUUCCCACAGAAGCAGCAGAGUCACUGAGGUGGGCGCUCUCCUCCAUCUGCGGAGCGGGAGGGAGAUGCUGUCCACUAUCACGACUUUUGGUCCCCGGAGUCGAAAGCAGACCCAAAGCUACGAAGAGCGGGGCUCGGAGCGGCCUGGGCCACGGGCACCGCGAGAGAAACCUCAGACAACGGCCGCGCGCCCUCGGUUCUCGCUCAGCGCUGCACCGAGCAGCUGUGUCGGGCCAGCUAGUUUCCCGGCACAGGCCCCGCCGGGCAUGCAAGCUGACCCCCCAGCCUGAUUCUAGAAGAGUCUCUCGCUUUGGCCGACUCCCAUCAGCCCCCUCCCCCCCCCCCCCAGGCAGGGGCUCCGAGCGCUUGCCACCUUUCCCCGAGGCCCGGCCGCUCCCAUCAGCACCGCUGGCCCCUGGCAUUGGCCAAGGCUGCAGGCCCCUCGUGUUGCUGGCGGGUUGGAGUCUGAAAGGGCAGGAGGAGAGAGAGGCGCUGGGCACGGUGGGAGCGGGGAGCUGUCUUCCAGGCCCCCUCGUGAGCAUCGCUGGCCCCCGAAGCGGGCAGGUGAUGCUCUGACCCAGGUCCCCUUGCACGAUGACCCUUUACGACAAAUACACGUGAAGAUGUUCGUCCUCCGCCGCUUCCCCUCUGUGUUCAUUGCAGUCAAGUGCAGGGUCUGUCCGCAAGGACUGUAAGCGGCCGGAAGCUGCCUCUGUUUCCCUCCGUUAUGCCUUUCGUUGUCAACAUUCUCACAUUCAGGAUGAUUCUGUGCGCUUAGAAGUGACCUUCCCUGUACUACCCAUGAACUUUGCUCAUUGGCAGUUUUGGCUCAGCGUAGUCCGCCCUGAGUUACGUGACCAUCUGGGGAGGAAAGCAGGAGGGCGGCCGGUUUCGGGCUGUGGCACCUCAGGGUCUGCUCUUACGGUCGCCUCUGGGAUUUGCUUUCCCCAGUAACGAGCUAUCUGACGUCCAUCUGUGAGGUGCUACACAUUGGUUUUUCAUAUGUCGAUAGCUCAAGUGACCUCGGAACGAUGGCUCUGCCAUCGUGUCGUGUUUGUGUGUGUCAUAUGCCGUGUGACUUGUCCUGACGUCCGUCACGCCCACGAGCCGCCCGCAGGGGGCCUCCGGUGCUGCAUGUUUUUCCCGUUUAAAGUUACCUUCGACUUAGUGUGUUAGGCAAGUAACCUCAAGUUAAUUUUUCUGAUUUAAUUGAAGCUAUAAAGUAUAACGUAUAGAUUGGAAGUAAGAACUGCUUUCCCACUAAAGGUGUUUUCUCACCUGUGUGUUCCAGCAGUGCAUGUGCUGAAGGGAAAGCGUGACAAGUGGUAGGAUGUGUCCUGGCCGAUGGGGCCGGGUGGUCCUGGACUUCUGGCCCGUUUAAAUAAACACGUUCCUGUUCUGGAA